CAGGAGUGAAAGUGAGCGAGAUGAGAGAGGAGUGAGGGAGGGAGAGAAGCGCCGCAAAGCGAGCAAGAGGUUUUCACUUUCUAUUCUCCGCUCAGUAGCAGUCAGAGGAGUCCACGUUGAGACACAACAGAAGUGCCUCCCCUGAAGCCUGUGGCUGUUUGGAACUGCUAAGACACACCAGGAGUCCAAGGACUGCCAACCCUGCCCUCUGAGCUUUCUGACCCAUGGUUGUGCCCCCAUCUCACCCAUAAUCCCUCAAUGCCACGUCUACCCUUCUCUGGACUUGAGAUUCUAUUCCAUCUGUGCGUGUGAGAGGGGACUGUCCUCUCACUGUCCCUCCACUCUCUCCCCUGCUCCCUGCUCCCUCUGCACGUCGUGAGCCAACCAGAUCAAUAACGUCUUUCACCAUCUGUCUCGCCUGACAGUUCAGCUGAGGAGAAAGGUAAAGAGUGUGGAGAGAGAGAGAGAGAGAGAGAGAGAGAGAGAGAGAGAGAGAGAGAGAGAGAGAGAGAGAGAGAGAGAGAGAGAGAGAGAGAGAAAUGAGCUCAUAAGUUGGUCCAGCCUGCAAAAAGCAAGCCGUCAGUGCCACAAUCCCAUACCCUGGGGGACAGGCACUGCAGGAAUCUCAUCAGUCCCAGUAAAAGGCUCUUAAGAUGGGCCAUAGAUCCUAGGAGACUCCCAGGCCAACCUCCACAAACAGGCCUCGGAUAGAAAACACUUUUAGAAUGGAUUGUUUUAUUUGAUCUUAUUAAUUUGAUUUCUCUCAGGAGCAAACAUUCGUACACACUGAGACCUCCCUUUCGUUUUUUAUAUCGGUCGUUCUUAAUCGACUACUCUUGACGGGUUCAAAAUGGCAGUCAACAUGACUCCUAUUCGGGACACAAAAUGGCUGACCCUGGAGGUGUGUCGUGAGUUCCAGAGAGGGACGUGCUCGCGACCGGACAGCGAGUGUAAGUUCGCACACCCUGCCAAGAGCUGCCAGGUGGAGAAUGGACGCAUCAUCGCCUGCUUUGACUCCCUCAAGGGUCGUUGUUCCAGGGAGAACUGUAAGUACCUACACCCUCCUCCCCACCUGAAGACCCAGCUGGAGAUCAACGGCAGGAACAACCUGAUCCAACAGAAGAACAUGGCCAUGCUGGCACAGCAGAUGCAGCUGGCCAACGCCAUGAUGCCCGGCACACAGCUACAGACUACAUGUAUGCCGGUCCCCAUGUUCUCUGUGACGCCCAGCCUUGCCUCCAAUGCCAGUCUUGCUGCGGUGGCCGCUGCGUUUAACCCCUACUUGGGCCCGGUGUCGCCCGGCCUGAUGCCUUCUGAGAUCAUGUCCAGCGCCCCGGUCCUGGUGACCAGUAACCCCAACGUCUCCAUGCCCUCUGCUGCUGCUGCUGCCGCACACAAACUCAUGAGGACAGACAGACUGGAGGUGUGUCGGGAGUACCAGAGAGGUAACUGUACGCGGGGGGAGAGUGACUGUCGCUUCUCCCACCCCUCAGACAGCACCAUGAUAGACACCAACGACAACACCGUGACCGUGUGUAUGGACUACAUAAAGGGUCGCUGCUCCAGGGAGAAGUGUAAAUACUUCCACCCUCCAGCCCACCUGCAGGCCAAGAUAAAGGCUGGCCAACACCAGGUCAACCAGUCUGCUGCCGCAGUAGCCAUGGGGCUCCCACCUUUACCUCCAUUACCAAAGAGACCCACAGUUGAAAAAUCCAACGGUGCCACCGCCAUGUUCAACGCCGCUGGCACGUUCCAGUACCAACAGGCCCUGGCCAAUAUGUUCCAGUACCAACAGGCCCUGGCCAAUAUGUUCCAGUACCAACAGCAGCAGUUCAUCCCGUCUGUACCCAUGAUGCACGGUGCCACGCCCGCCACUGUGUCUGCAGCCACUUCCUCUGCCACAAGCGUUCCCUUUGCAAACGCAACAGCCAAUCAGAUUCCAUUAAUAUCCACAGAUCAUCUUACUAGGCACAAGUAUGUGACUCAGAUCUAGAAAUCUCAAGCAGAACAGUAAGACUAAUUUUUUACGAUUCUCUUUUGAUCUAUUCAUUGUACUCCCGCAGAUGAAACUGCAGUGUGCCGGUGUCCCACAGCUCCCCACCCUUCAUGCCUGUAAACAUAGAAAUCUGUAGAAGAUUAUUUCUAGAGCCUUGAACAUCCAACCACCUGUAAACUAUAGUGGUACUGACUGGCACGUUGCUCUAGGAGGGUUCAGUUGAUCAUAAAGGUGGUGAACAUGUGCAUUACACACACACACACACACACACACACACACACACACACACACACACACACACACACACACACACACACACACACACACACACACACACACACACACACACACACACACACACACAC